GGAGAUGACACCUACUUUAAAAUGGCCUCCGCAACAAACUCGGCUGUCUUAAUAUGACAUUUUCUUGCCACUAUCAUCUGCAGCCCAUCUGGGCUCAUAUCUGCUUCCUGUUUCAGUAUCAUUGCAGUCCAUUGAGAUUUCGAGGAACUGUUUUUGGACGAUGUCAUCCAGUGACAGACGGCGAUGGAUCGUGCACAACAAGACCUACAUACUGAACAUUCUUCCAACCUGCAGAUGUUGCGGGAUUCUUCACAUCCCCAAAAUUCUUUCGCCUGGCAACACCUGGAUAAGAGGCACAGGGGGCCAGACAGCUAAGGCCGACAAGCAGAAGAGGAACCCAAGACAGAGACCCCUUCAACACCAGCGCAGGAAGAGCCUCAAAAGGAGCAUGGCGUCGUCGCCUUCCCUGAUCCACGUUGGAUUCCUUCUAGCCAUCGUUUUCUUACCAGAGUUCCUCGGGGCCGUCCCACUGGAGCAGCGCAAGGAGGAUGAAGUUGGUGUUGUGUCUGAUGACGUGAAGGCUGAGGUGGUGGCCAACCUGAGGACGUUGGCGCGCCGCAGGAGGAACGCGCCCGUUAUGGCGGUGCCCCAGUUCCGGCACUCCCCAGACUUCUGGGGCUGGUACAAGUACUUCAUGGACAGCCACAACCAGGAGGGGGUGGAGGAUCUGGACCGUCUGUACGUGGCGUACCUUCAGAACAAGCACCGGACGGAAGAGGGCCCCACCUUCAACCACUACCUCAAACACCUGAGCGAAAUCUACAAGGCGUGCGCCGACUCUGACGACCCAGAAUGCAUCGCAGAGUCCACCAGCAAGCCCAAGGCGGCCAUGGUGAUGCCUGCUCCCGUCAAGUCCGCCGCCGUCCAGAUGUGCAACCCCUACGUGGAUCCCUACUGCCUCUUCCCGCUGACCUCCAAGGCUGCCGCUGCCCCGGCGCCGGCCCCAGCCAAGGCGCCCGCCCCCAUCCUGCCCAUGGCUCUGAAGAGCCCCACAGGCUUCUAUCACUACGCCCCCAUCCUGGAGCCCUUCCUGAGCCAGGAACAGAAGGCUGAGCUGCUGCGGAUCUGCAGCCAUGACGACGUCGAGUGUCUUCAGUACCACCUGAGGGCGGCGUACGGCUACCGACCCGCCGCCGGUCCCGCUCUGCCCUACGCUGCCCUCAAAUGUGACCCCAAGGACCCUUAUUGCAAGCCAAUGAUUGUUCAAAAGGCCCCCACAGGGUAUUACCAUCGUCUCUACCCAACCUGCGACCCGGCGGAUCCCCUUUGCGUGGCCUCGCCCGCCGGCCUGGGCGACGACCCGGCGCCUCAGGAGCAGCAUUGCAACCCGCUUUUUGACGCCGGUUGCAACCCACUAACCGCCACCAAGCUGGGAGGCCUCACCAAGCCCGUGCUGGAGUACGCUCCCAAAGGCCAGCCCGCCCACGUCGCCGCCCCCCUGACCUGCGACCCCCGCUACGAUCCCUACUGCAUACUGGCGGCCGCCGCUGCCCUGCGCAAGUCCCAACCAGAGCAACAGGUCGGCUACAAGCUGGGCAUCCGCGGCAAGACCAAAGAGGGCUACGAUUGCUAUGUGCACUAUGACAAAGACUGCACCCCGAUCGACCCCCAGCAGAAGGCCCAGGCUCCGCCUGAGCCCCGCUGCCAUCCCUUCGACCCCACCUGCAACAAGUUUGCGCCACCCCCCGCUGUCCAAGCCCGGGGACCCGGCAAGGGUGGUGUCAUCCUGCCGGACCCCCACUGCGACCCUGAGCUCGACUACAACUGUCGCCUGCGUCUCGCCGACGCAGACGACGAAGAGAAAGAGGUUUCCCGGCCCGUCCAGAAAUCAACCAAGGAGGCCACAAAAUCCGCCGUCCCUCGUUUUGAGCACUUCCUCUGGGGCAUCAUGAGCCAGCGCAAGAUUUAAACCAAAAAUCACAGCAUAACAUGAAGCAACUUCAAUCAUGUGAGUUUUUAUUUUUAUUUUAAACAAAAGUACAGUUAAAAGAAUGUUAGCUAGAUACUGUUAGGUGUUGUACAUUCCUUUGUCAAGAUACCCAAAGUGUAUUUAAUAUUGAUUUCCUGCCCCAGCCGCUUCAUUUAUUCCGUUUUGAUGAAGUUCUUAAUAAAAACUAAAGCUGAA